AUGUAUUAUUUAAACAAUGAUACAGUGGCUGUUCCCUCCGCCGUAAAUUUCGGUCAAAGGGAAACACACUCUUCAACUUUGGAGCUAAAGACUGUAUCUAUAAAUCCGGAUGACACCUUUACUGUGCAACAGGCAAUCAAUGCCUUUGGCUUCGGCUGGUUCCACGUCAAAUUGUCGCUUCUGGUGGGCCUUUGCUGGAUGUCCGACUCAAUGGAAAUGGCCAUCUUGAGCAUUCUGGGCCCUGCCCUAUUCUGCGAGUGGAAUGUCACGAAACUUCAGCAGGCCUCGGUCACAACGAUCGUGUUUCUGGGCAUGAUGCUGAGCUCCAGUUUUUGGACUCAGCUGAGCAACAGAUAUGGUCGAAAGUCGGCCCUCACCUUGUUUGGAGUAUUAUUAGUUUUAUAUAGCAUACUAAGUUCAGUGGCGCCCAGUUAUGCGUGGCUCUUAACCCUAAGAGGUCUGGUUGGCUUUGCCAUCGGCUGUGUUCCACAAUCUGUCACUUUAUACGCGGAAUUUCUGCCGACGAAGCACAAGGGAAAGUGUGUGGUUCUGAUGGAUUGCUUCUGGGCCUUGGGAGCCUGUUUUGAGGUAGUAUUGGCUUUGGUUGUGUAUCCGUAUUACGGAUGGCGUGGGCUUCUGGGACUCUCGGCAACGCCCCUACUGCUUUUCACUUUGUUAUCUCCGUGGCUUAGCGAAUCGGCACGAUAUUAUUCCUCCAAUGGGCAUAGUGACAAGGCCAUCAGGGUUCUUGAACAGAUAGCUCACAACAACAAGCGGCACAUGCUAAUGGGUCGACUGAUUGCCGAUGAAGAGCCCAGCUCCACGGAGAGCUUCAGGUCCCUGCUCAGUCCGAGUCUUUAUAGAACCACGCUUUUGCUCUGGUUUAUAUGGCUCGCAUCGGCCUUCUGCUACUACGGACUCGUGCUGGUCACCACCGAGCUCUUGGUGGCCAGAAAUAAGGAGAAUAAUCCGAAUGAGUGCGUCACCUUCAUGACCUCCGACUUUAUGGAUCUGUUGUGGAUUACCCUGUCGGAGUUUCCGGGCAUAUUGAUGACCAUUAAGGUGAUCAAACUCUUUGGCAAAAAGAAAACUAUUGUGCUGCAGUAUCUGCUUCUGGUGAUGUGCACGUUGGUGCUUAUGUCGGUUAAUAGUCGCUUUUCAACUUCCUUGACUCUCUUCAUUGCCCGAGGAACGAUUUCGGGGAUUUUCCAAGCCAUCUAUGUGUACACACCGGAAAUAUAUCCCGCUUCCCUGCGAUCGGUAGGAGUUUCCGGCUGCUCUGUGCUGGCUCGACUAGGCGCCAUGCUGACACCCUUUGUGGCGCAAGUUUUGAUGGACACAUCCAAGGUGCAGGCUAUAUCCACAUAUGCCGUUGUGGGUCUAUUGGCAUCCAUAGCAUGCGCUUUCCUUCCCCGAGAAAAUGUCGGUUAUCAUUAG